AAAAUAAAGGUGGAGAAGGUCAAAACCUACCUAUAUAAACGGAUAUGGGGUGAACGGUAAGCAAUCAGUGUUGAAGACAGAUCUCAAUAUGAACGCUUUGGUCCUCGCUUUGUCCGCCCUUUUGGCCGUAGCAUCGGCAGCUCCCUCCUGGGGACACGGAGUAGUCUUGGCCGCUCCCGUAGCUCAUGGAGCAGUUUUAACCCCUGCUGUCCACGGAGCCGUAGUAGCUGGCCCAGUAGCCCACGGAGCCGUCGUUGCUGGCCCAGUAGCCCACGGAGCCGUAGUAGCUGGCCCAGUAGCCCACGGAGCCGCCGUUAUAGGACCUCACGCUCCCGGUGCAGCUGUAAUUGGACCCGUAGAAGGACCUUCUGCCAUCAUUGGACCGAGAGCUGGACCUAGUGCUGUCGUAGGACCCGUAAACCACGGCGCCGCUGUUGUAGGGCCCGUUAACCAUGGCGCCGCCCUCGUAGGACCCGUUAACCAUGGCGCUGUUUUGACUCCAGCUAUUGCUGCACCUUCUGUUAUCGCCGCUCCUGCUAUUGGUACGUACACAAAUGCUGUGUUGUUGGAGGAUGGGGAGCUCAUGGAUUGGGUCAUGGUGGUCAUUGGUAAAUUAAAGAAUAGCUAGCCUAUCAUAAACACUGCCACUCAAUUAUAAACGUGUAAAUAUUCUAUUGACCCGACAAUAAAGACAGAACCGCCAAAAUACUAAUCUUCUAUACAUAAUUUUCUUCUUCAAUUUUUCUAUCUUCUAUACUUCCUCUUCUUAUUGUCGAUGUCUGUGGAAUGUUUUACACCAAUCUGGAAUAGUCUGAAAUGGUUUAAAUGCAUGUAAGUUUUGAAAUUUAUACCUAUUAUACGUAAUUAUUAGCAAUAUUUGCUCAAUAAAGAGUUCAAAAAUA